AUGGAAAAAGGUUGCGACGUAAAGCAAGAGAAGAUCACGUUUGGCGGGUGGGGAACGGUGCCUGGAAAAUUUAAAUCUAUCUCGGGAGUUGCCGUGUCUGCUGACAAUGAGAUAUUUGUGACUGAUGAGUUAAACAAACGAGUCCAGGUCUUCAGUAUAGAUGGGACCUUACUCCGCUUGUUUCCAACGGUACUGCCGGGUGAAAGUAACACAAUGCUCGAAGCUCGUGGUGUUGCUUUGGAUGUGGCGCCUGGCUACCUGUGGGUACUGGUAAGCAGAAAUAGAUGGUUCUUCAAUAAAGAGUAUGUCGUACAGUACAGUAAGAACGGACAGCCCAUAAAAAAGUUUGACGUAAGCCUCAAGAGCUUAUAUCCCGUCAUCGCAAUGGACGAGCGCAACAAUAAAGUUAUCGUGGGAGACAAAUAUAGAAUUAUGGUGUUGGAUCCAAACGGCUCUCGCCUUUGGAGUUCAGAAGUGCGUCCGGCAUACGGGAUCUCGGGAGUCACAUCGGAUAGGAAGGGAAAUGUCCUGCUGACGGAUGGGUAUAGAACCAUCAAGAAGUUCAAUCCGUCAGGAGUAAAGAUAUUUGAAUUCGGCACCCGUGGAAAGGGGGAGGGGCAACUGAACUCUCCCAAAGGUAUUUGUCUGGACACCUCUGGUCGCAUCAUUGUGGCGAACUAUUUGAACGACCGCGUAGACAUGUUCACAAGCCAGGGCGAGUUUGUUCGCACCAUCGCGUACAUUAAAUUCCCGGAGGCUGUCGCUAUGGGACCAUGUGGAGUGUUGGUUGUGACUACCCCAUUUACCCACACUGUAACUAUCUUUCCACAGCAAAUGGUGCUUCCUUAA